GGGCAGAAGUAGGCUCAUGGACCACAUUUCCUCAGACCAAUUUACGUCCUCUGCCCUCGCUUGCUGCAUUUCCAUCCACACACAGAAGAAGCAAUGCUGGAUGUUCAGCUUAGCUAUAAACAGACCUAACUAUUUCAGGGUGGGGCCUCUCAUCAUCACUGGAGCAGCUGUGUGUGGGUGAUAUCUCACCAGCUGCUACGAGAUAGGCUACGCAGGAGAAAAGGGCAAAGAGCUGUGAAAUAACAGAGGAACAGGACACUGAAGACAGGCGUCAGCACAGAUAAUUUCUCAUAGGGCGAGUGUGUGGGGGGAUCAUUGAUCACAGUUGGGACUAUUUAUAAGAUUAGUGAUUCACCAAUCAGCAUCCCAGAUUUCAAACACGGCCUGUUUCUCCCAGCUUGUCUACAACCAGUGAUCAGCAGGUCAAAUACUGACACUAUUUUUCUGUUCUGUUCAUACAGUACAUACAUACAUUUAUGCAUAUACACAUACAUCAAAUGCAUUCAUUAAUUAUUUGUUUAUGCAUUUGACAAACACUUUUAUCCAAAGUGACUUACAAAUGAGGAUAUAACAAUACGGUUAAUAUCAUGCCAACAAUAUAUUACUUAGAAGGAAGACCUUUAAUCAGGUUUUGUUAGAACUCCAAAAAAAGGUGCAGCAGAGGGGGUAGGGAAGUGCAGGGUACGUGCUUGGGUUAGCUGAGUCUUAAAGCUAGACAGGGUUCUGGUAGUGGAACGACACAUGAAAACAGUCUGGAUUUUCUGGAGUGUGAUGUAAGCACUGCUAAAUGACAUUCCCUUGGGCAGCAAAAUAACCGAGUAGGGACAAAAGUCUUUGCAAGAGCACUUCGGUAGAUGACAGGCUAAUCUCAGCUACUUGAGUUUGAUCAUCAGUAGGUGUGAAGACCUCUUUAAAAGCAGAAGUUUCAACGGCUUGUUUAGAAUGGUUCCCAGGAGAAAGUCUCCUUUCCCUAAAUAGCAUACAGCAACAUAACUUGGGUUUGCCAAAUCGCAUCCAAAUGAACCACAAGCCGCUGGAACAAUGCCUUUUGGACAGGCAAGACUAAGGUAUGUUUGGAGGAAACCAAACACAGCAUAUCAGUAUAAAUACUGUAUAUCAACUGGCAUACACAAUGGUGGAAGAGUGAUGAUCGGGGCUUGUUUUGCAGCCAGAGAACCAAGCAGUUAUUGACUCGACCAAGAACAUCUCUGUAUGUUAAAGUGUUACAGAGUCAUAUGCGAGGCCACUUAUCCUCUUGACAAUAUACUUUAUAGAUUCUCUAUAGGAUUCAGGUCAGGUGAGUUCAACAGCCAAUCAAGCACAGUAAUACUAGGGUCACUGAACCAGCAUUUGGUACCUAUGGCAGUGUGAGCAGGUGCCAAGAAAUUAGCAUCUCCAUAAAGCUUGUCAACAAGCAUGAAGUGCUCUAAGAUUUUGAUGGCAGCGUUGACCGUGGACUUCAGAAAACACGGUGGAACAACAGCAGCAGAUGACAUCUUUCAGAUAUUUAGCUUUUUCACAAUAUUCUAAUUUUCUGAUGCACUGGAUUUGGGGUUUGCGUUACAUGUAAGCAGAGGUGGGUAAUCCAGGUCCAGAAAAUAAAAGGCCUGUUCAUAGAUUAGUUCCAACCAUUUGCAUUUCCAGCUUCACAACAUAGACAGGGACUAAUCCUCUGGUUAAUUGAACCGAAUGAAGGAAAACUAGGCAGGGAUUUUGCUUUCUGGACUUGGAUUACCCACCUCUGCAUUCCCAUCCAUCUUCGCAUCAACUCUGAUCAACUUCCCUGUACCUGAUGAUGUGCAGCGUUUUACAGCUCAGGAAGUCCUUCAAAGACGUUAGAUUGCAACUUGGAAUUAUUUUUUUUUAACCACAGUGAAUCUUCCGUGUUGUUAUGGUUUAGAAAUGGCACGCCAGUCUGCACAAUCUCCACCUGGCAGCAGAGCUUGGGAAGACUUUACUGGAGAGGAACAAAGAGUUGGAGGAUUCUUUGCAGCAGAUGUACAUCACUAAUGAGGAGCAAGGGCAAGAAAUUGAGUACCUGACGAAGCAGCUGGAGGUCCUUCGGGACAUGAACGAGCAACAUGCCAGAGUAUACGAGCAGCUGGAUGGCACAGCCAGAGAACUGGAGCGCACCAACCACACACUGGUCAGGGCCAGCAAAGCCUCGCAGCAAAAGAUCGAGAGCUUGACAGGGACCAUUGAGACUUUGCAGAACCAGGUGGAGUCUCUGUCAGCACAGGUGGAGCAGCUACGCUCUAUGGAGCAGCUCCGGGUCAGGAGGGAGAAAAGGGAGCGACGCAAAACCAUUCACUCAUUUCCGUGCUUGAGGGAGCUUUGCACAGCACCAAGGUAUGAAGAUGAGUUUGUAGUGGGCAGGGCUGAGAGUUUUAUAAUGGAUGCCAAGCGUCAGCCAUAUGAAGAAGACAACCAGCACCUGAGGGAGGCGGCGUCGGUGCUGAGAGCUGCCGUCCGGACUGAGAGAGGUCGAAGGGAGGGAGUGGAGAAGGAGUGCAAUCUCCUGAUUGCAGAGUUCUCCCGGCUGCAGACAAGGGUGCAGGAUGCUGAGAGCUGCCAGGCACGCGUACGAGAGCUGGAGGUGGAGCUGCAGGAGCUGCAGCAGCUUCGUCGCGCUCGGACUUUCCUGCUGAGCAAUGAGGAUGAUGGUGUGGCCCUAACCCAGACUGUCCUCAGCAUCACCCCAGAAACCGACACUUUCCUGGACGUGGAGGACGCUGAGAUGGGUGGAGGUGUGAGGGAAGAGACUGAAGGUGGAAGAAAUGUUAGAGGUGAAGACUUACCUGGGUCCAGCCCUGUGAGGAAGAGCUGCAGCGACACAGCGCUCAAUGCCAUCGUGGCGCGGGAUGCGUCUGGCCGCCGGAGAGGCAGCUACGCCCUCCACGCCAACAGUGUGAGGAAGAGAGGGAUGUCCAUCCUCAGGGAGGUGGAUGAGCAGUAUCACGCCUUACUGGAGAAGUACGAGGAGCUGUUGGGGAAAUGCAGGCGGCACGAGGAGAGCUUGUGCCACGCCGGUGUCCAGACUUCCCGUCCUGUUUCUCGUGACCCGUCCAUGAAAGACUGUGCCAUGGGCCCCAUUCCGGCACCUCCCCCCACGCCCACCCAGUCACCCUCCACCCCUGAAGCCAUUGAGAGCAUCAGCAAGCAGGUGGAGGCAGUGGAUAAGCGGCUGGGACAGAACACUCCAGAGUACAAGGCCCUUUUUAAGGAGAUCUUCUCUCGCAUCCAAAAGACCAAAAUGGACAUCAAAGCCACCAAAGCUACGAAAGCAAGCAAACCGGGCAAAUCUGGCAAAUCAAGUAAACGCUAAGGUCACAAAUACAGCAGACAAGGAUGCUGCUGUCUAAAUGUUAGGUGCGCGGGCUUGUGAACAAGGGGCUAUUGUACACAAUCUUAUAGAGGGUGCUACUACUCAAACUAAAGUAUUGAUUUCAUCCAGAUCUAAGCUAAAGUUAACCCUCCAGAAAAUAAACCAAAUCAGAAGUGCAUGCCAUCAGAGAAAAAGAUUUGUAGACCUAUUUUACUGCCUUACUUAUUCUACACAUUACACUUAUAAUACCAUAGCUGUGGCAAAGUGCCUCAGGGUUGCACUUAACAUUCAGGUUUAAGUAAAAUAAGACAAAUUGUCUCUUAGAGGGAAAGAAAGCUAAAUGUAACAAUUAGUCAAGGUAUAUCUGUUCACUAUUAAACAAGCUUCGCUAAUACGUAUGUAUCUCCUAUAGGAAAAGAGCCGAUCUCACAUACUGCACCUUACAGAGGUAUUCAAAUGCCUAAACUUUUCAACAUUUCAACCAUAAUUUUAUUUUGUUGGGAUUUUAUGUGACAGACCAACACAAAGUAGUCAAUUAUCAAGUCUUAGUGUGUUAGUUUCCUGCAACAUAUACCGUGGUGCAUGUAGGACAAAAAGACAGAGCACCUUCUUCCACAUGUUUGCUGUGUCCCGUACAUGACUUGUGGCAAACUGCAAAUAAGACUUCUAAUGGCUUCAACAAUGGCUUUCUUCUUGCCACUCUUCCAUAAAGGCCAAAUUUGUGAAGUGCACGAACAAUGGUUGUCUUGUGGACAGAUUUUCCUAUCUAAGUUGUGGAUCUCUGCAGCUUCUAGAGUUACUAUAGGCUUCUUGGUUGGAUUUAUAGUGGGAUUCAAUUACACACAGAUGGCCUUCAUUACAAAUUAGGUGACCCUUGAAGACAGUUGAUGGUGUUGGACUUUAUCUGAGUAAAGGAGACUGAAAACAAAUACAUGCCACACUUUUCAGAUUUUUUUAUGUAAAAAACUUAAAAAAAACAUUUAAUUUUAUUUCCGCUUCAAACCUAUAUGCUACUUUGUGUUAACCCAUCGUAUAAAAUCCCAAUGACAUUCAGUGAUGUUUGUAGUGUGAUCUAAUGCAGAAAGUUUAAGGGGUGUGAAUACUUUUCAAGACACUAUUUCGAACUGCUCUGUUGUCUGUGUUUUGACCUAGAGGUGCUAAUAAUAGCAACACUAAUCUCGUUAACGCUGCUGAAAAUUUAGAGAAGUCUAGAUAAAGUGAUGGUUACUUUAGCUGGUCCUGAACAUGUCUGACCUUUUUGCAUGCAUACGAAGUUGCUUCAUUGACCUUAAUAAAGUUAAGUCCAUCUUCUAAA